CGCUCGCUCACUCACCGCCACCUCGAGCGGCGGGGCCUGCCCUCAGGCCCUGCCGGCUGCACUCGGCCGCCCGGAGGCUGGCGCCCUCCGGUCACUUCGGGACCCUCCCGCCGUGUCCCCUGGGUAACUGUCUCCAGGGAGACGGAGCCCGCCCCUGCCACCAACACCGGACACAUAAGGAGCUGAGAGCCAGGCAGAAGUGGGAUGAAGCUCCCUGAUGGCAAAGCACCUGUAAUCUCCCAGGCACAGGGGCCUUGGCUGGUGGUCCUUCUCGGCCCAUCCCAAACAGGAGAACAGGCCUCCGAGAAGUAACACAGCAGGAUGCCCCCUGGGGUAGACUGCCCCAUGGAGUUCUGGACCAAAGAGGAGAGCCAGAGCGUGGCCGUUGACUUCUUGCUGCCCACAGGAGUCUACCUGAACUUCCCUGUGUCCCGAAAUGCCAACCUCAGCACCAUCAAGCAGGUGCUGUGGCAUCGUGCACAGUAUGAGCCGUUCUUCCACAUGCUCAGUGACCCCGAGGCUUAUGUGUUCACCUGUGUGAACCAGACAGCGGAGCAGCAGGAGUUGGAGGAUGAGCAGCGGAGGCUGUGUGACAUCCAGCCCUUCCUGCCCGUGCUGCGCCUGGUGGCCCGAGAGGGGGACCGCGUGAAGAAGCUCAUCAACUCACAGAUCAGCCUCCUCAUCGGCAAAGGUCUCCAUGAGUUUGAUUCCCUGCGGGACCCGGAAGUAAACGACUUCCGCACUAAGAUGCGCCAGUUUUGCGAGGAGGCCGCGGCUCACCGCCAGCAGCUGGGCUGGGUGGAAUGGCUGCAGUAUAGCUUCCCCCUGCAGCUGGAGCCCUCAGCCAGGGGUUGGCGGGCUGGCUUAUUGCAUGUCAGCAACCGACCCCUGCUGGUCAAUGUGAAGUUCGAGGGCAGUGAGGAGAGCUUCACCUUCCAGGUAUCCACCAAGGACAUGCCCCUCGCACUGAUGGCCUGUGCCCUCCGAAAAAAGGCCACCGUGUUCCGGCAGCCUCUGGUGGAGAAGCCUGAGGAGUAUGCCCUGCAGGUGAACGGGAGGCACGAGUACCUCUACGGCAGCUACCCCCUCUGCCACUUUCAGUACAUCUGUAGCUGCCUGCACAGCGGACUGACUCCCCAUCUGACCAUGGUCCACUCCUCCUCCAUCCUCGCCAUGCGGGAUGAACAGAGCAACCCUGCCCCCCAGGUGCAGAAGCCACGCGUCAAACCUCCCCCGAUCCCUGCCAAGAAGCCCUCCUCUGUGUCCCUGUGGUCCCUGGAACAGCCAUUCUGCAUUGAGCUGAUUGAGGGCCGCAAGGUGAAUGCGGACGAAAGGAUGAAGCUGGUUGUGCAGGCCGGGCUCUUCCACGGCAAUGAGAUGCUGUGCAAGACCGUGUCGAGCUCAGAGGUGAAUGUGUGCUCAGAGCCCGUGUGGAAGCAGCGACUAGAGUUCGACAUCAGCGUCUGUGACCUCCCCCGCAUGGCCCGGCUCUGCUUUGCCCUCUAUGCUGUCGUGGAGAAGGCUAAGAAGGCGCGCUCCACGAAGAAGAAGUCCAAGAAGGCGGACUGUCCCAUCGCUUGGGCCAACCUCAUGCUAUUCGACUACAAAGAUCAGCUCAAGACGGGCGAACGCUGCCUCUACAUGUGGCCCUCUGUCCCAGAUGAGAAAGGGGAACUGCUGAAUCCCGCGGGUACAGUACGUGGUAACCCCAACACAGAGAGUGCCGCUGCCCUGGUCAUCUACCUACCUGAGGUGGCUCCCCACCCUGUGUACUUCCCUGCUCUGGAGAAGAUCCUGGAGCUGGGGCGUCACGGGGAGCGUGGGCGCAUCACAGAGGAGGAGCAGCUGCAGCUGCGGGAGAUCCUGGAGCGGCGGGGAUCUGGGGAACUGUACGAACAUGAGAAGGACCUGGUGUGGAAGAUGCGCCAUGAAGUCCAGGAGCAUUUCCCAGAGGCGCUGGCCCGCCUGCUACUGGUCACCAAGUGGAAUAAACAUGAGGAUGUGGCCCAGCUGUCCCAGAUGCUCUAUUUGCUGUGCUCCUGGCCCGAGCUUCCUGUGCUGAGCGCCCUGGAGCUUCUGGACUUUAGUUUUCCUGACUGCUACGUGGGCUCCUUCGCCAUCAAGUCCCUACGGAAGCUGACGGACGACGAACUUUUCCAGUACCUUCUGCAGCUGGUACAAGUACUCAAAUAUGAGUCCUACCUGGAUUGCGAGUUGACCAAAUUCUUGUUGGGCCGAGCCCUGGCUAACCGCAAGAUCGGGCACUUCCUGUUCUGGCACCUCCGCUCUGAGAUGCAUGUACCGUCCGUGGCCCUGCGUUUUGGCCUCAUCAUGGAAGCCUACUGCAGAGGCAGCACCCACCACAUGAAGGUGCUGAUGAAGCAGGGGGAGGCACUGAGCAAGCUUAAGGCCCUGAAUGACUUUGUGAAGGCGAGCUCGCAGAAGACCACCAAGCCCCAGACCAAGGAGAUGAUGCAUAUGUGUAUGCGCCAGGAGACCUACAUGGAGGCGCUGUCCCACCUGCAGUCUCCCCUCGACCCCAGCACCCUGCUGGAGGAAGUCUGUGUGGAGCAGUGCACCUUCAUGGACUCCAAAAUGAAGCCAUUGUGGAUCAUGUACAGCAGCGAGAAGGCAGGCAGUGCCGGCAGCGUGGGCAUCAUCUUUAAGAACGGGGAUGACCUCCGCCAGGACAUGCUGACUCUGCAAAUGAUCCAGCUCAUGGACUUCCUAUGGAAGCAGGAGGGCCUGGACCUGAGGAUGACCCCCUACGGCUGCCUCCCCACCGGAGACCGCACAGGCCUCAUUGAGGUGGUCCUCCACUCGGACACCAUCGCCAACAUCCAGCUGAAUAAAAGCAACAUGGCAGCCACGGCUGCGUUCAACAAGGACGCUCUGCUCAACUGGCUCAAGUCUAAGAACCCUGGGGAGGCUCUGGAUCGGGCCAUUGAGGAAUUCACCCUCUCCUGUGCUGGCUACUGUGUGGCCACCUAUGUGCUGGGCAUCGGUGACCGGCACAGCGACAACAUCAUGAUCAGAGAGAGUGGGCAGCUUUUCCACAUUGAUUUUGGCCACUUUCUGGGGAACUUCAAGACCAAGUUCGGGAUCAACCGGGAGCGUGUCCCCUUCAUUCUCACCUACGACUUUGUCCACGUGAUCCAGCAGGGGAAAACUAACAACAGUGAGAAAUUUGAAAGGUUCCGAGGCUACUGUGAACGAGCCUACACCAUCCUGCGGCGUCACGGGCUGCUUUUCCUUCAUCUCUUCGCCCUGAUGCGUGCAGCAGGUCUGCCUGAGCUUAGCUGCUCCAAAGACAUCCAGUAUCUCAAGGACUCUCUGGCACUAGGGAAGACGGAGGAAGAAGCACUAAAGCACUUCCGAGUGAAGUUCAAUGAAGCUCUCCGGGAGAGCUGGAAAACCAAAGUCAACUGGCUGGCACACAAUGUGUCCAAGGAUAACAGGCAGUAAGAGGCGCCCCCCCUGGGCGUCACAUUCCCCUGGGCGUCACAUGGCGGUUCCCUCCGGGCUCUCAGCCAUAGAGGUAAACUGUCAGUCCUGGAGACCAGGCAUGCUCAGUGGUCAUCAAAGGGGCCCCAGACCUGAACUGUCCCUCACAGGGAAGAACCACACAACUGUUUCUUGUUUACACUGGUUAUUUAUUUAUGACUCGAAAUGUUUAAGGAACAGAAUAGCCAUAAACGGAAGUGCAUUUUUGUGCAGGGGAGGGGUGCUGUCCUCGUGACCCCCCCUCCAUCAGCAAUGUAAACAGCACCUUGAGGAUCGUACCCCUAGUCUUCCAACCUGUGGGUCUUGGCCCCCCAAAGGCAGUUUUGGGGGCCACCUUCCCAGGCUCCCAGCCGGCUGCCUAGAACAAGCCUGGCAGUCACCUGGUGCCUCCCACGCAGACAGGACACCUCAAUCCUCAGCUCAGCUCACCUCCGCCACCUUCGUGUGGCCCACCCUCGGCGACCUCCAUCUACCAAGCCUCCGGCAGCUCCUGAGGAAGCCAGGAGCUUUCCUCUAGACUCAGGCACACUUGCUCUGCACUGCUGAAGCGACGACCUCUUGGGUACGGAAACACCCUCACCUUUUAUUUGCGGGUAAGAACAUGAUUAUGUAAACUCUGUAUAGAACAGCCGGGGUAAAGGACCUGGCUUCCACUACAGAUAGCUGUGUUCCGGGCCUCAAAACACUAGAGACUGGUGCCCGAUUUAGCGCGGUGUGGUCGUGAAUCCAGACAAAGGGCAAGCCGGAACGGAGUCCUCUUCGCAAUUCGUGUGAGAGUCGCACACAAAGGCAGCUUUCUGGAAGGACAGGACUGAUGUCUCCCAGAGCUGCCAUUCUCAGAAGGCCGCUGGGGACCCGGGUUCUGAAGUGUGCGUGAGGAGGAGGAGGACCAAGUUUAGUGUAGUCUGGGCGACCAGAGCAUCUCCAGAAAUGCAGGGUCUCCACCCCCUCCCAGGUAUCCAAACCUACUUUGGGCUGUAGAGCCAGUCCCCUGGCUUUUUAGAGAGCCCAGCUCAGUGGUGCACAUGCGUAACGUGCCAUCCCGAGCCCACCGUGAUGCAUCAGCUGCCGCCUCAGGACCUGGCUCUCCCGGUAGCAUCCUGAGACUUGCAGAACCAUCACCGCCAUCUUGCUGGCAGCCCAGAACAUGGCUGUUCAAGGAAGCCAGGUGUCCGCUCUUUCACGAUGAUGAACUGAGGGUCCAGCAGUGGUUGGUGCCUCCAGGGCACUUGCUGAACCCUUAGUCUGCCCCAACUCUGAAAUAGGAAGUGUGCGUGUGUGUGUGCGUGUGCGGGGGUGUGUGUGUGCGUGUGUGCCAUGUUAUUUAUUGAAGAGAGUCUAGGUGCUCCCUGGUGUGGCUGCAGAUUCUGCAGAGGCUCAGCCUUUCUGGGUUGGGUGUGUGGUCUGUGUACCUGGCUGGAAAAGUAUUUUCUAUUUUUUUUUUUUUUUUAAGUUGUUCUACGUUUCUGUAGGGGGGAAGGUAGAUUUCCUCUCACUGAUGUGGGCUGAGAUCAGUCUGUGCAACCCUGACACGUCCGGUAAAGACAGGUGAAAAGAAAUAAAACUCUUUUAUGUUCUUA